CGCACAGACAAUUCGAUACUGAUGACUUUUGAAUAAAAGCGGCAAAGUCAGACGAGUAAGGGCAAAGUUAAAUUUACAAAAUAAGAAUGCCACGAAGAUCACUUAGGUUGUCGGACGUUGGGGCAGCUCGCAGCUCUUCCAAGCGCCCCAAGUCCUCAGACGGCACUUCGAAGAGUAAGCGAGUAAAGCAGCAAAAUGUCUCUAAAGAUGCAGAAGAAGAAGUUUCAGACAACCUGGAAGACAUUUCAGGCACUGAGGAGGAUGAAAAAGAAUCUGGAUACGAAGAUUCGACAGGCCCAGAUGAGUCCGAGGAAGAGUCGGAACAGGAGUCCUCUGAAGGCGAGCCAAUUACGAGAAGGUCUGGAAGUGGUGCCAAACGCAGUUUCUCUAGAAAAGCUUCCGCUUCUGCCGGUGGGAAAGGGAGGCCUAAAGCCGAAAAGGAAAUCUGGCGGCCUGGAGUGAAAACUGGAAUGGGGCCUGGAACCCAGGUCGUAUUCAAGAAGCCGAGAGCGAGAUCACCAGGCGACACUCCGUACACUGAUGAGACUAUACACCCUAACACCAUGCUGUUCUUGAAGGAGUUGGCUGCGAACAACAGUCGCCAGUGGCUUAAAAUGCACGAUCCCGACUAUCGUGCUUCGUGGAAAGACUUUGAGACUUUCCUGGAAGCUCUUACGCAGGGUAUCAUUACGGUAGAUGACACCGUGCCAGAGCUGCCAAUCAAAGAUAUUAUUUUUCGAAUAUACAGAGACGUCCGAUUCAGUAAAGAUCAGACUCCUUAUAAGACUCAUUUUUCGGCCGCGUGGUCCCGCACUGGACGCAAAGGCCCGUACGCUGUCUAUUACCUACAAAUCAAGCCAGACGGUGGCAGCCUGGUUGGAGGGGGUUUGUGGAUGCCAGAAGCAGCAGCAUUAACUGCGCUUCGUCAGGACAUCGACAGGCGACCAGAACGAAUCAAAUCCGUGCUUUCUUCCGCUGGCAUUCGUAAAGAGUUUCUCGGUGGCGUCGCGAAGGAUGAAGCGAAGGUCGUCAAAAGGUUCGUGAAUGAGCAUGCGGAGACCAGUCUGAAGACGAAGCCAAAGGGAUUCGAUCCUGAUCACAAAGAUAUUGAACUUCUCCGGCUUAAAAACUUUACGCUUCAUCGGAAGCUUCGCGACGAGGAUGUGGUGAGUCCCAAUGCAGUCGAGAUCAUCGUGGACCUGAUUUCGCACCUUGUACCAUUCGUAACUUACCUCAACGAUGUCGUAAGGCCUGACCAGCCAAGCGAUGGCGAAGAAGAGGAGCCUAGUGACGAUGAAGACGAUGAUUGAUCACAUUUCUUGACUCGAAGGUGCGAUUUUGCCUGGCGGAAAAGCCACGUCGCUGGCUCACUUAGUGACUCUGGGAUGGGCGUGAUGGCGAAUCGUUCUCGGUGUGUAGUAUGAGAGUGUCUGCUCAACAAUAGAAAAACAGCACAGGAUUGCAUGAAAGCCAUGGUCUUGUGCAUUGUAUGCAAUGCAAACCUACGUGGCACUCAUACAGAGGAGACGGAGCCACAGGACGGUGAGCGGAUCGACUUCCUGAUUGGACGGACGUUGGAAACUAGUCCACACGCAAUCCCGGCUCUGCAGCGGCCAGACGGGAAGGGCCAUGCCGGAACGCAUACACUUUCAGUCAGGUGACCGCGCCAAGUGGAGCCCCGUUAUAAGGGGGGUUUGCCGCGCGCCGUGCGUAUUGGCAUCUUCUCCCCAAGCGCGGGAAACCAGCCGUCUUAGCGCAAAGCCACGUCCCAGGCUUCUGCAGCAGCCUUGGCC